GACCGUCAUGUUUCGUCAAACAUGACUUAAGCGUAGGCCAAAUUUAGCGGUUGUAGGCUAUCCGUUAUAAACUUGUAACGCAACUCAUAUCGCGCUAUGGCCAAAGCUCUUUCUCCUCGCCCGCUCCCUACCAUUCUGCUUGUUUCUCUCAUUCCAGUUGCAUCCUGGUUCGUGGUACGGCCACUCCUCAGCCCAGCCCCUCCUCUUCCUGCACUAUACACCUCGUUUGGUUUCUCCAUUUAUGCUUUUCUAGCUGCUUUAUACCUCGUUCCUGCACUUGGACCCACAUUCAAGGGGGCAAACCUCAAGGGCAGGGAUUUGCUCAAGAUUUACUCAGAUCCAAUACCAGAGAGUCUGGGUUUGGCCUGCGCAUCAAUCUAUGUUCUGCUCUUGAUCUUGUUCAUCCCCUUUCCUUUCUCGAAUUUGGUCGCAAAUCUAUCUUCUGCAAAGCCUCAAGAACCAGAGGGCUUGACUGCCACAGCUUCUCUCCAUCAUGAGCUAGCAAUGUACCUCUCAUCUCUACUCUCACUCCUGAUGGCCACAAUGCUAGGAUUCCUAGAUGAUGUAUUCGACAUUAGAUGGCGGCAUAAGUUACCAAUCCCAAUAAUUGCAUCCAUACCCCUCCUUAUGGUUUAUUACGCUGAAGGGGGGAACACACAUGUCGUUGUCCCUCUUCCUUUGCGGUCCAUAUUUGGCGUGCUAGUAAAUCUAGGUCCUCUCUAUUAUGUCUACAUGUCCCUGCUCUCCACGUUUACAACAAAUAGCAUAAACAUCCUCGCCGGCAUAAAUGGUUCAGAAGUUAGCCAGGCACUGAUAAUUGCCCUUUCGGUCAUUCUGAAUGACCUGCUUUAUCUCCCAUGGCCAAUCGACUUCCGUAUACCUCUUCACCUCCUUGGUAGCCAAGCCGAGGUAGAAGUUGGUGGGGUCCUACACGCUGGGAUGUCAUACGGCAGCAAAGAACUCGUCGGAAGACAUUUAUUCAGUCUAUAUUUCAUGCUUCCCUUGGUCGGAGUUUGUCUCGGAUUCAUGUAUCACAAUUGGUAUCCAGCACGUGCGUUCCCAGGAGAUACACUGUGUUAUGUCACUGGAAUGGCCUUCUCUGUCGUCGGAAUUCAAGCCCAUUUCUCCAAAACCCUGCUUCUGUUCUUUCUACCCCAGAUUUUUAACUUCUUGUUAUCAUGCCCACAGCUCUUCGGCCUCGUACCAUGUCCGAGGCACCGAGUCCCGAGAUUUGACCCUGAUACGAAUCUCCUGCAUCCCUCAAAAACCCUCUUCAUCAAGCCUCCAUCAAACUUGACAACCCUCGUUCUUCGAACGCUAUCGACACUACGACUCACCGAGCUAACGAUACAUGCAACGACAGGAAAUGUUCUCGAAGCAACAAACCUUACAAUCCUCAAUUUCUUCCUCUUACGGCUGGGACCGAUGAACGAGAAGAGACUUGUUCAGACACUUAUGUGCACACAGGUUGCAGGGAGUGUGCUGGCUUUCAUUGUACGCUAUGGGUUGGCAGGCCUUGUCUACGAUGGCGACAGGCAUUAAUCGGACAAGACAACAUGUGUUAAUGAGCGUCGGCCGACGGGUCUAAUACUAACACGACCGUGUCCUGUUUACGCUGCUACAGCGGGCAUGUACAUGUAUGUCUGGCUUCGUCGUCGGUCAAGAAUAGUUUGAUUGUGAAUGAGCACGCUGUUGGUUACCCAAGGCUGGUGCGGGGCUAGAGCAGGAGCUGGUACUGUACCGCAGAAAGUCCGUAUAACGCCGAUAGCAUUGUAAGUGUACAUAGGCGUUAGAGCGUAAUCACGAGCAUCGCGUAAAUCAUGCACCACUUGUCGUUUGUCUUGCACGGCAUUCCG